AUGGCUCCUGCCCACGAUGGCUGCAAUUUUGAGAUCACCUCCCGCUGGGAGGAGAUCCUUGAGUGGUGCCCGAUGCCCUCUCCAACCUCACCUGUCUCAACUUCUGCCUCCGGAGCUUUGGUCCGCCAUGCUCUAUCAUGCCCAAGUACGCCUUUACCACAAUCAAGAGCAUCAUCGACAAGCGGACAGUCGGCUGUUACUCCAUCCGCAGCUGCUCAAUCCGGACGCUUCUCGGAAACAACCAAGACCCAGGUAAAAGCCAUAUAUGAUGGUUCCAAGAGAUGCUGGGUUUGUCGCGGGGGAAUGGCCGACUGUGCGCAUGUUCUUGCCAUGGAAGACGACCAAACGGACCGCUGGGAUAAGGCGGGCCUCAUCCCACCUGGGACCAAUCUCAAGAACUCCUGA